AUGUCGCGCGCCAUGUCUGAAGAGGGUGAGGUCGACCACAUUGACCUCACUGGCAAUCCUGAGGACCUCAUGGACUUGGAUGAGGAUGAUGAUCGAGUGAGAGAAGAAUCAAGCCUCUUUCUCCCCAACAGCGUCACGCCGCCUAUUUCCACUGACUUUACCUUCAUUGAUCUCGUCGCCAACGACGAUGAGCCAGAAAUUCUUCGGGGGAGAUCCGACUCAAGUCUCUUUGUCCACGACGACCCCGAGGACGAGGGAACUAUUACCAACGAAAGCAACAAUCAUGGCAACGUCAUCAACGUCGACGACGACAUGGACGACAGCGACAAUAACGAAGACGACAUGAACGACAACGACAUGAACGACAACGACAUGAAUGACAAUGAUGAGAACAACGACAAUGACAUGAACGACAAUGAUGAGAACGACGACGACGACAUGAACAACAACGAUGAUGAGAACGGUGAUGAGAACGGUGAUGAGAACGAUGAUGACAACAACAAUGACAACAAUGAUGACAACAACGAAGACAAUGGAGACAACGAGAACGACGAUGAUAGUGACGACAGCGAUGACAGUGACGACGGUGAUGAUCUUAUCCCGUCCGACCAAAAGGAUGCGAACGCAGCCCUCGAAGAGGCUCUCGAGGAGGAAGGCAUCACUGAGCCCGAUUGGGCUGAACGAUGCUUGAAGACUUGCAAACCUCACUGGAGUGAGGUUGCUCACGUACUCCUGAGAUACCGCAGGCGCUUCCUCCUCAAGAGGACCGAGCUCCGAAACGUCAAGAGCAGCCUUCGCCAACAAAUCCGUCAGCUCAGAGAGGAUAAUGCACGCCUUCGGGCCCGUGGGCAGCGUCGCCCACACGACAAGUCGUGGCGUGGAAUCGUCAGCCUCUGGGUUUAUGGGACCCUGAGGGACUCGAGAUUUCACAACUGGGGAGACAUCUACAAGCUUUCGUGCAAGGAGGAGAACAUGUCGUGGGCUUUUAGCACGCGGAAGUCCUCCAAGAUGCACCCAGGACUGAAGCUGCGUGCUCCCGAUGAGGAGGAAGAAGCAGAGGGGAUCGUGGUGAUUUCUGAUGAAGAGGAAGAGGAAUCCCCUGAUCCAGGCUCAGUCCAAGGGCCACCUCCAAAUCGACCAUCGCCUCCGAGUCAGCCACCGUCUCUGGGAGGUCCACGGCGAUCCUCCCUUGAACGACUCGACAUCGGGGUGCAGAUCAAGAUCUUCUCCUACCUCUUCGUCUUUGAGCGACAGCUGGUGCACGCCAUCUCCCGCCUGGACCCAUACUACGAGCCGACCGAGGUGCCUCGCAACUGCAGUGGCCAAGUCUCACUCCUGCACCGCUUCCACGUUGGUGAGGAGAGCGUCUCGCUGACGUUUGGAGCCAUCAAGCCACAGGAGCUCCUCGCUCCGCUCCUCGUAUCCAAACACUUCAACUACCUUGGGGCCAGCAUCUUUUACGGGAGCAACACGUUCGCAUUCUCUUCCAUCGGCGAGCUCCAGCACAUCCAGCACGUCGAGAUCCUGUGGAUGGGCUCCCAGUGUGUCACGUACAGGCCCGACGACAAGCGUCGGUACACGUCGCGCCGGACGCACCACCUCGCCUUCCUCAGCGAGGCCCGCCGCCUCAAGUCCAUCGCCGUCUACAUCCCCGAGUCGUCCAAGCAGUACAUGCGGCGCAAGCAUGAGCCCCCUCACAUCAUCGAGUACAUGGCUGAGAAGACAAUGGGGCAGCCCAACUACCGCCGCUUCCGCGCCCUGCGCACCAUCCCGGGACUCGACUACCUCCAUGUGCUUCGCGGGCUCAACGGCAUCACCUUCUGGGACUAUGACAAGUGGCUCGAGCUAGGCUCCAAGCUGCCCGUCCGCGAUUGGACCUUUGUGAGCGACCUCAACAACACGGUGCGCCGUGCCAAGGCGGAGGAGGACAGGAGAUUCUGCACACUUCGCAGGCUUGCCCCUUUUGUCAUUGGAUAUCGCCCUGAAGACGAAAUCAUCGAGGAGAUUGAAACCUUUGUGAGCCAGUACUCGCCAGGCUGUGGUGGGCAAGUCGUCGACCUAACCAUGGAUGAUGACUAG